AUGUGUAGAUCUCACAUCGGUAUUUUCUUUGCCUUAGUAGGCAUUUUCUGGGCGACGGUUGUCCAAGGUGCCCCUCUUACUAACGAGGAUCCUGUGGAAGUCAUAAAUUUCUACGAAUUGUUUAAUAAUCCAGAUGCACAUUUGUCAUUGGCCAAUGCGCCCGAUACGACUUACUAUAUUAAAGACCAUGGCUACCCAGCAGAGCGGCAUUACGUGACCACUGAGGAUGGCUAUAUUACCAGCCUGUUUCGAAUUCCCUAUUCUCACAACCUGCAAAACCAGGAUGUAAAAAGACCAAUUGCUUUUAUUCAGCACGGACUCUUUGGCAGCUCCGAUGUCUGGCCAAGUUUAGGACCUGACGAUGCCCUUCCUUUCCUGUUGUCCGAUGCAGGAUACGACGUUUGGAUGGGCAAUGCUCGGGGAAACAGAUACUCCAGAAACCACACAACCCGAUCUAUAAAUCAUCCGGACUUUUGGCGAUUCAGUUGGCACGAGAUUGCAUAUUAUGACAUUGCCGCUGCCAUUGAUUACACCUUGUCCACGGAAAAUGGACAGAGUCAGGAUGGUAUCCACUACGUGGGGCACUCUCAAGGCACAACCGUGAUGUUUGUGCUAAUGUCUUCCAGACCGGAAUAUAACCAAAAGGUUAAAACGGCGCAUAUGCUGGCUCCGGUAGCUUUUAUGGAUCACAUGGAUGACUCUAUGGUCAAUUCGCUGUCUCCAUAUCUGGGCUUCAACAAUGUCUACUCAAAACUCUUCUGCUCUCAGGAGUUUCUGCCCUACAAUGAUUUCGUUUUAGCUUUCAUGUACAGUGUUUGUCUUCCAGGAUCAAUUGUUUCCAGUUUUUGCAGCAGCAGUAGUGGUGAAACCACUGUUGAUCAAGGAAGAACUAAUUCCACUGCCAACUCUGUGAUCUCUGGAGCUAUGCCCGCCGGUAUAUCCACGGAUCAAAUUCUGCACUACAUGCAGGAACAUCAAUCGGGACACUUCCGUCAGUUUGACUUUGGAACCAAAAAGAAUCUGAAGGUAUAUGGAACCGAAAGCCCUCCGGAUUAUCCCACUGAAUUGAUAACAACUGAGAUGCAUCUAUGGUAUUCCGAUAAUGAUGAGAUGUCUGCAGUGGAAGACGUUCUCAGAGUGGCGGAAACGCUGCCCAACAAGGUUAUGCAUCAUAUGGAGGAUCCACUGUGGGAUCAUGGAGACUUUGCCAACAACUGGGAAGUACGUCACUACAUCAACGAACCCAUUAUAGCCAUCAUGAACGAGUACGAGGCUAGAACAGAGUCCGCCUCUGUCAAUUAGUUUAGUUUCCAAGUUAUCAUAUUUUAUAAAUAUGUAAAUACUAACAAAAUCUACACUUAUCUUAUCUUUAACGGAUGCAACAUAGACAUUAAGAAGUAGACGCACUUCAACGUUGAAAAGAGUCUAGCAGAUUUGCACUUCACAUUCGACAUUCCCUUUUUUCAUAUGCAUAUUAAAUUCUUUGGAUCUAAGCCGACUUUUGUAAUCAAAAAGCAAUUACGCUAUAUAUAAGUA